AUGUCGAGAGUGCUUAUCAGUGACGAUGACUUGGAAGGCCUUGAAAAUAAGGUCAUUGUGAUUACUGGCAAGAUCAUCUCCCAGAUAUUAUACAUAGGCGGAUCAUCUGGAAUCGGAAGAGCUACCGCUCAAUUAUGCUUGAAUCUCGGCGCGAAGGUCGUCAUCGGUGACCUCAAUCCACCAAGUUCACCAUUUGAGAACGAUGAGAACUUAAAAUUCCUGGCGAUCAACGCAGCUAAAUGGGAAAGUCUACGGGAAAUGUUUGCCAAAACAGUUGAAUGGUUUGGACGAAUUGAUCACGUCUACGCCAAUGCUGGAAUUCCCACAACGCCCAGUUUCCUUGAUGUCAAGCUAGACGAGGCCGGCAAACUAGAACCACCUCCCUUUUCAACUCUUGACCUAAACUUCACCGGAACUAUCUAUACAAUCCACCUGGCAAAUGCUUAUAUGACAGAGCUUGCACCUGAAAAGACAACAGGAACAGGCAGUAUCGUGCUCGCCUCCUCCGAAGCUGCAUUCAGGCAAAUGAAGGGGUCCGACUAUAUAAUCUCUAAGCACGGGGUUCUAGGAAUGGUUCGUGGUCUUACGGACUCACUCAAAGAGAAAGGAAUUCGCUUGAAUGCAGUUGCUCCUUCGUGGACUGAUACAAAACUGAUCUCUCUUGCUGCGCGGGCAUAUUAUAAGAUGAAAACACAGACCCCGGAGGUUGUUGCACGAAGCGUUGUGUUAUUAUUUGUGGACCAGAGCCGGUGCGGUAAUGUUCUUUACAGCAAAGAUGGCAUAUAUCAAGAGAUCAAUAUGGGGAAGAAUGGCCUCUUGGAAAAGGCUCUUCAAAUACUAUUUAGAAAGGAUGAUGAGUUCGCAUCAAAGUUAUGA